AUGAAUUCCAGCGACGUAGAAUCUGAGAAACAAAUGGCGAGAACCCACACUCUUUCGGGGAUUGUUCAGAUCGCUCUUGCCUUCGUAACGGUGUUCUGUCCUUUGGUUCUCAUAGCAACUCUGCUUUGUCUCUUCGUCACACUCCCGAUCUGGACGAUACAGAAUACACCCCAGGAGAACGCAAAUCUUCCCAUGGAGCCUCUGGAUGAUUCAUUUCUCACAACAAAGAUCUUCAGUCACCACGUGACGCUCACUAGUUCCUUUGCCUCCAACGUGGCUCAACUUGCUGCUUCGCCGUUUCUACUACUUUUCUCGUUCCUUGUCGCGCUCGAGCUAUCAAACCGACAUGAUUCCCUGGAUCAAGAUACGACGAAACUUUUACGAGGCGAUCGGAAGGUUUUGUUCAAUUGGACUAUACUUCGGUUAUGGCCUGUCCGGAAAACAAGGAUCACGAAUGCAACGAGAAUAGCUGGCGUAGGUGCUUUGAUAUCUAUCGCUCUUACGUACCUGACAACAGCAGACAAAGUAUUGCAAGCAACUAUAGGCCCGACAGUGCAGCGCGUUUAUGUCGAUCUUGGACUUCCUUACUACACUGGUAGCUUCAAGAUCAAUGAAACGACAUGCCCACCCCAGGAAACGAUACCCGACGUAUAUGCUGAAAUCGCUCUACCUCCUUGCUCGAUCGAUAACCAGACAAGUCCUUGGACAAUUUGGCAAGCGCCUACGGCGUAUCGAGUUCUUGCGGCAGGGUUGCUGAACCAAACCGGCGACUACAACAAAGAGGACUUCAACGCUUUGUGGAACGCUAGUGACUCGGGCACAUUCGAUUUUACGCAACUCGUUACGCACAUCGACCGCGUGACACGCGAUCAGCAUGUCCAUUAUUUCGAUCCUAUGUCGGCACAAGAAGACAGUUACAGCCAAAAGCCCAGGAAAACGGACAUCGUGAGCGGAGAUUACGACAGACUUGGUCUCGACUAUAUCGCGAACACAACCUCCAUUGUGACCAAGUGCCGUCCUGUUACUCAAGAAUGUGGGUUGCGUAGCAGCACAGAAGAUGAUUCUUCAGUACCAUACCACUGCUCAGAUUCAUUGAACGGCGACUUGAAUGAGAUACCGGCGAACGGUUUAGAGCGGCUCAAAGGUUGGAACACCACAUUCUACGACGGUAACAGCGGGGACCCACGAAGUGUCUCCAUCGCAUCUCAGCUGAAUCCUUUCAGCUAUAACGUCACAGUCAUCGUGGACAGUAUCAACAUUGGUGGUCUUGAACACUUCAACGAUCCACAGGUACCCAAAGGAAUUGUUGUCGGGGUGAGUGACGGCCGCGUAGGCUUUGCACUCUCGUGCACUUCAACCGUCUACGACGUCACAUACUCACUCGUCGAUGGCAAUGUUUACACUUUCAACACGACUCGAGCCGAACCACGCACCGCAGCCAUCGUCAAAGCGCCACUGCAAGCCGGCUUUGGUAGUUAUGCACUCUACGAGAAAGCUGCGAUGUCCGUGUUACUUACCAAUUUGACGGUUAUGGAUGCGAUGGAACUAGCGUUCAGCCAAACCUUUUUGGCGCUUGCAGCUGGUGUUUACAGCCCAGCCCCGAAUCUUGAGGAGCGAUAUCGCUAUGAUCUCGAGCUGACGAAGAUUGCUAAAGGUCCAUUUUACUUCUUGGUAGUUUGCAUGUUUUUUUACGCGUUUGUCGUUCUGGUCUUCGCAGUGAUUGCGCUCAGCAUCUUCUGGAGGAGCGAUGUGGGAGAAUGGCAGGCUCGAUUGAUACCCGCUUCACCGUGGUUUCCUAACCUCCCUCGUGCGGAGGGAGGGAUUUUGAAUCGUUCCUAUCUCUGGUACUGCCGGAGCCGUGAGUGGUUCCAAUAG